UUGUUGCUGUCCUAGGUAAGGAAUAUCAACAUCCCUAAUUUCUAAUCACUUUAUUCCCAUGCAUUGCUACCUAACAAUGCUAUAUUCUAUUAGAUAACCACCCUUUAUUUAACCUCUGUUAGCAUAUUUAGCAGUUAGGUUAAACAAUAAAAUGCAAUCAUUUCCUCCAAGAGUACCAUUUGAGAGUAACUCAUGCUAGUAUGCUUUCGCCUCGCAAUGAAGCACUUUUUGGAGGAAUUAUUUUUCUUUCUAAUGCAUUCAACUAGGGACCUAGAUAAAGCUUUUCCUCAGCUUCAUAGUAUUUACUUGUUUAAGCACCAGGGCAUUAGGCAUAGGCAUGGCCAAUACGAUUUCACAGCUUCAAUAAUCCCAAACUUUAUGGUGUUGCUAAGCAAAUCAUCAUAAACUCAGUCAGAGCCACCCUUUUUUCUGCAGCAUCAAUCUCUUGUCAGCAUCUGCACAGAAAAAGUUACUCAUACACAAUAAUAAAUGCCCCAUUGAAGAGCAAUAAACCCCACCAUGUCCUCUCAUCAAUGCAGCAGCCUCAUUUGCACCACUUACAAGCAAUCCAACACAACACAGUAAUCAUCUUGGUGUCUUCAACAUAGAAAAAUGGGGAAGACCUGGCUCCUGGCUUUUAUCCUUUGGCAAAUAAUUCCAACAGAAGCGGCCAUCACUGUGGGUGGUGGUGUUGGCAUUAGUAUCGGCAAUUCUGGUGGCGGUGGUGGUGUUUGGAUUGGUGGAGGAAUCAACAACAGCCCAACUCCAUCUGGCCCAUCCGUGUCAAAGCUCAGCAGUGCUUACACUGCUCUCCAAGCAUGGAAAUCUGCAAUCACAGAUGACCCAAUGGGGAUUUUGAAGACUUGGGUUGGCUCAGAUGUGUGCACUUAUAAAGGGGUCUUUUGUGCAGAUCCUCAUGGUGUAAUGGACUCAGCUUCCGAACCAUUUGUUGCAGGCAUAGAUCUCAACCAUGCAAAUCUCCAGGGAACUCUAGUCGGGGAGCUCUCUGUCCUUUCUGAUAUUUCAAUACUCCACCUUAACAGCAACAGGUUCUCAGGCACAGUUCCUGACACUUUCAGAGACCUUUCAUCACUUCAAGAGUUAGACCUCAGCAACAACCAUUUUUCAGGUCCUUUCCCUACAGUUACUUUGUACAUGCCAAAUCUCGUUUAUUUGGACAUUCGGUUCAACACCUUCUCAGGACUCGUCCCUGAAUAUCUAUUCAACAAGAGACUUGAUGCAAUCUUCCUCAAUAACAAUCAGUUUGAGGGAGAACUACCGCAAAAUCUGGGUAAUUCUCCAGCUUCUGUGAUAAACUUGGCUAAUAACAAAUUCAGUGGAAACAUCCCAGCUAAUUUUGGCUUCAUGAGUUUUAAAUUGAAAGAGAUUUUGCUUCUUAAUAACCAGUUAACAGGUUGCAUUCCAGAAGGAGUUGGACUCUUCUCAGAGAUGCAAGUUUUUGAUGUGAGCCGCAACUCACUCAUGGGUCAUUUACCAGACACAAUAUCUUGCCUGAGUGACAUUGAGGUUCUCAAUUUGUCAUACAACAAGCUAUCGGGGGUACUACCUGACUUGGUUUGUUCUCUAAGGAGCCUUGUGAAUUUCACUGUUGCCUACAAUUUCUUCUCUGGGUUUAGCCAGGAAUGUUCUAAGUUGUUCUUUAGGAAUGUGGGUUUUGACUUCUCCCUCAAUUGCAUUCCUGGGAGAGACUUGCAGAGACCAAAACCAGAGUGCUCUGUGAUCCCAGGGGGUGGGUUGAGUUGUCUGAGAAUUCCAUCUCCACAGCCUUUAGUUUGUGGGGCUUUGCUUGGGAACUUGGAGGUUAAUCUGACCUCGUCACCUCCAUGAUUUCAUUAUAGAAGAAGUUUCUGGUUUUGUAUAACAUGUAGCUUGGUGGAUGGUGGUGGUUGUCAAUUGUCCUAUUCGUUAAUGGCAAUUUACGAUCUAGGGCUUCGAAAUUCAUUUCUUCAUGGAUUGGGAUAAUUCUUUUUUCUUUUUUUAAAUAGUAUCUGUCUUUGAAUGGAUAAGACAUGCCCAGGGAUUUGAGAAAGGGAUUUAAGAGGAGAAUAAUUAAA